AUAAGCUAAAAUCCUUCUACUCUUAUCAAAGUUCCAACCAUGAAGAAAACUCCAACACUCCCUCUACUCCUCUCCCUCUUAGUAGCCCUUCUAUGCCUCUACCCUUCUCAGGGCUCUACCCUCAACUGUGGCUCCUCUGACCAUAGCUCCACCCUUGAGGUCAUGCAUGUCUACAGCCCAUGCUCCCCUUUCCGGUCCAAGAAACCCCUCUCUUGGGAACAAACCAUCCUCGACGUGGCUGCGAAAGACGAAGCCCGGCUACUCUAUCUCUCUAGCCUUGUCGGUCGGAGAUCCACAGUCCCGAUUGCCUCGGGCCGGCAGAUUGUCCAGAGCCCAACCUACAUUGUCCGGGCCAAGUUCGGAACUCCAGCCCAGCCCAUGUUUUUGGCCAUGGACACCAGCAGUGAUACCGGUUGGGUUCCCUGCACCGGCUGUGUAGGAUGUUCUUCUAGCGUUUUUAACACUGCCAAGUCAUCAACUUACAAACCCGUUGGAUGCUCCGCCCCACAAUGCAAACAGGUCCCGAACCCGACUUGCGGCGGCACCUCUUGCUCCUUCAACCUCACAUACGGCUCCGCCGCCAUCGCCGCCACUGUCUCCCAGGACAACUUAGCACUUGCCCAGGACCCCGUCCCCAACUACUCCUUCGGCUGCAUUAAAGCGGCGACCGGAAACCAAGUGCCGCCACAGGGAAUACUCGGACUCGGGCGAGGCCCUAUGUCGCUUCUCUCACAAACCAAGUCCCUCUACCAAUCCACGUUCUCCUAUUGCUUGCCGGAUUUCCGGUCCGCCAACUUUUCCGGUUCACUCCGGCUCGGACCAGUUUCUCAACCACAACUAAUCAAAUUCACCCCACUUCUCACCAACCCAAGAAGGUCCUCCCUCUACUACGUCAACAUGAUUGGCAUCAGCGUUGGCCGCCGGCUAGUCAAUAUCCCACCGAGCGCAUUGGCAUUCGACACAACCACUGGUGCCGGAACCAUAUUUGACUCCGGCACAGUCUUCACCCGGCUGGUCCAACCGGCCUACAUCCCGGUGAGAGAUGAAUUCCGGAGACGGGUUAAGGCCGGACCGGUAUCGUCAUUGGGUGGGUUUGAUACCUGUUAUUUACAGCCGGUCGUGUCACCGGUGAUUACACUACAUUUCACGGGGUUUAACAUGACAUUGCCGCCGGAGAACUUUUUGAUACAUAGCACGGCAGGGAGUAUAACUUGUUUGGCCAUGGCGGCUUCGCCGGAUAACAUGAAUUCGGUGUUGAAUGUGAUAGCGAACAUGCAACAGCAGAACCAUAGGGUACUUUACGAUGUGCCCAACUCAAGGGUGGGUGUAGCACGUGAAUCCUGCACCCGUUGAGACAGAUACACAGAGAGAGAGAGAGAGAGAGAGAGACUGU